UUCUUGAUUGGGCUCGCUGCCUGUACCGUUCGUCCACGUCAACGUAUGGUACUGCACAACUACCCAAAACAAAUCAGUUUGAUCCUUGAAAACGAUGAUCUUAUGCGUUCCACGAAAUCCUUGCAAAUUUGGAUAACAGCUCGUCUGAUUGUAUGUAUGGCUAGUCAAAGCUGUUUUUGUACCCUUCUAUUUAUUAACGUUCGCGUUUGAGCAGGCAAAACUCAGUACAAGGUGUAAACAAUCAGUGAAAUCACCCAUUUACACUUUUGAUGAAAUCAACAAUAAGAAAAAAUAAUAUACAAUGGCAUACCACACAUUACGACAAGAGUAUAUGUUGAUGCCCCCAGUAACAAGGGCUUACACUACUGUUUGUUUGCUCACUUCCAUUGCAGUCCAACUGGAUGUGGUUUCACCUUUCCAGUUGUAUUUCAAUCCUCUGCUCAUCACUCAGAAGUUGGAGAUAUGGAGGUUAUUGACUCCAUUCUUCUUCUUUGGGACAUUUAGCUUCAAUUUUCUGUUCAAUAUGAUAUUUACCUAUCGCUAUUGCAGAAUGUUAGAAGAGGGUUCCUUCAGGGGCAGGACAGCUGAUUUUGUUUACAUGUUUAUAUUUGGUUGCAUCACCACAGUGAUAUGUGCCUGGUUUGUAAACUUGCUGUUUUUAGGACACUCUCUUACCACAAUGUUUGUCUAUAUAUGGGCACGGCGGAAUCCAUAUGUUAGAAUGAAUUUCUUCGGCCUGUUGCCUUUUCGCGCCCCAUAUUUGCCCUGGGUGCUCGUGGCUUUUUCUGUUUUACUGGGGAACAGUGUGUUGGUGGACAUUCUUGGAAUCGCAAUCGGUCACCUGUAUUUCUUCCUAGAAGACGUAUUUCCCAAUCAGCCAGGUGGUCGAAGACUUUUGGCCACUCCCCGCCUACUGAAACUGUUAUUCGAUACCCACAUCGAGGAUCCCCUUUACAAUCCUGCCCCUGACGAGCGUCCCGGAGGUUUCGAUUGGGGUGCAGCAGGGGCGCCUGGAGCUGCAGACGCAGCGGCAGAACAACCAAGGGAGAACGAAAAUCAGUGAAAAUAUCUUUUCAAAAAUACUAAAUGGCAAAAAAACAAACAAACAAAAACUAAAUAAAUGAAAAUUUAUUAAA